AGAAAAGCUUGCUCUAUAGGACUGUGAAGGUGCAGAGCUUUUUCUGCACUAGAGGACUGCAGAAAUACUUUGUUGUUAGAUUUAUAGAUGCUAGAGAUCCUAAAGACGCUGCGAUAGAAACCCACGUCUAGGCACAGCUUGCUGAGUACAGAUUAACACAACAAGAAAUUAAGGAAGAGCUGCAAAUAUUAGAAGAAGCUGUAAAGACUAAUAAGAUAGGAUAGUUUAAGCGCAUAGGCUGGCUAGAGUUCUUUAAGGACUAGAAUCUCGCUUAUCUAGCGCAUUAAGCCUGCCUGCCUGAUCACAGCAAGCGCAAGAUUAAGCUGGCUGCUUAGCUGACUGAAGGGCUGAUUAAAAGAAGCGUAAAAGGACUAGCUACGCUCCUGCAAGAGUUGAGGCGCUGGCUGCGGAGCGCAAAGCGAGAGGAGCCAGACGUGCGACCGUUGGCGCGCUUGCAGAAUCUGGAGAGUCAGGCAGUGUACACAAGCUACAUGAUGAGGUUCGUCAGCUUCUAUCUGCGGGUACUAGCUGACGAAGAGCAGCGGAUUGUGCGCUUUGGAGAGCAGCAGAAUGCAGCCGCUUAUGCAGAAAGCUGCUCAGCAUCAGGCAGCGAGGAGGACAGCGAGGAGGACAGCGAGGAGGACGAUGACGGCAAGAGCAGUAAAGCUGAUAGCGACAGCCCGCGGCCCUGACGUACAACACGCAAUUGAACGCAGCUAGAUAGGGUGAAAGAUGCACGUGAGCUCUUCACGUGGACAGACAAGCAGAAGUUAUUUAGGAUUAAGCUAUAGGACGCGCUAGAUAGCAACAACAGAGCAGCUUAGACAGAGGCGCUUCUUGUGUUAAUUAGCUCCUUUGUCUUCACAACAUAUUACCCUAUAGCGCUG